UGCUAGACCGACUUUCAUUCAGAAAGGAAUUAUAGAAAUGCGGUAAAACUCAUUGUCUUCGCGUUGUCUAAAUUUGUGCGCUGAUUUAUUUUAACUACCUGUUGCGAUGCCUGCUUUGCUGAAUAUUGUUUUGCUUAUAUACCUAUUGCCCGCCGUUGACGGCACCGGGUACAUCCAAACAAAGUUCCGCGAAUUCGUCAACAUCAACGGCCAGCGAUACGACGGAACAUGCUGUGGGCCGGCACCCUGGUUGUGGGGAUCGAGAAAAAAGACCAACUGCGGCGAGCCCUGCAAACACGCCUUUGUCAUAUGCAUGGGAAACGUUACACAAUCAAGCAGUAUGUCAGCCUGUGAAUAUGGCUCCAAGAAGACAGAAAGCGUAGAGGGAAACAAAAUCACAUUCGAUGAUCAUAUUGGAUACGAUGAGAAUCCAUUGAAAUUUCCGUUUGAAACGUGGCCGGGGGUUGUGAAACUUAAAAUAAAGAUCAAUGACAACAGCGACUCCGAGGAGCAGUUGGUAGAUCGAGUGGAGUACCAGUACAACACUCGUGACCUGCGGCGGGAAAUAGACGCACCUGUCCAUGACGUCACGCUGCAGGGGGAAAGAACCAGAUUAGAUGUAGAGCUAAAGGUAUUCUGCGCAAUGGACUUUUAUGGACCUGCAUGCGACCUCUACUGUAAAGAGACCGAUGACGUCACGGGUCAUUUUCGCUGUGACCCAGUGUCGGGGGACAAGAUUUGUCUGAAUGGGUGGGCGGGCGCGGACUGCCUGACCAACAUCGAUGACUGCGUGGGGCACGGGUGUGCUCUGGGUGCAACAUGUGUGGAUGGGCUGGGCUACUACAGCUGUAAGUGCCCACCCGGAAGAACAGGCCACACAUGCCAGCAUGAAGUCAAUGAAUGCUCGAGCUCGCCGUGCGUGAACGGAGGCCGCUGCAAAGACGCGUCAAAUGGGUUCCUGUGCGAGUGUCCGCCCGGUUUCGCAGGCAUUCUAUGCGAGGUGGAACUAAACGAAUGUCGGUCGGCCCCAUGUUUAAACCAGGUGAUCGACUGACUUCCCCCGCAUGACAGAAAAAACAAGCAAUUUGCAGAUUCAAAUAAUGAAACACUAAAAGCAUCAAAUAAAAUGGGUCAACUUUGUGUAAACCUACUUAUGGGUUUUCAAAUCUAUGGAGACCGGGAUAACAUAUAUAAAUCGGAAGCCAGUCUUGCUAAAUAUCGUGCGAUAAACUUAAGAUACAAUUCAAUAGCUCAAGUAUUACGUCCAAGCAGCAACAAAUAUCUUUAAGUCGAGUUCAGUUAUUAUAUAGUGUUUUAGCUGCAACAUUUAUCUUUAAGUCAAUUUUAGUAAUUAUAUUCAUUUCCUUUAAAUCUUGAACUUUAGCUUGAAAAUACCAAAGCUGUAA